AAGGAUGGCGGGUUUGUUGCAGUUACACCAUUUUCGAUUGCAUUAUUAAUUAGGUUCUGGGACAAAGUGAACAAAAAUUAAUGCUUUAAAUUACUUCUAAUACGAUUUCAUAAUGAUAGUGUGAAAUACCUCAUUUCUACCACAUCCAUUGUGGAGAAAAUGCGGUGGUAAUGGAAUCGUUUGAAGACUCAAAUUGCCGUUCUAUGAGUGAUAGUUUUUCUUUGUACGAACGUUACAUGAGAAGUUUCAACGUAGUGGAUACUUUCCGUGAACAAAUCGAACCGGAUCCAGUUUCAUUAUUGAGUAAUUGUGACUACGAAAACCCAAGCAUUGGAGGUAACAUUGACUUAUCAGCUGCUGUCCAAACGAAAGAGGAUAGUAAACAUUACGAACCCGCCCAAAUUGACUGUGUUUCUAUAGGUCUUAAUGAAAAUACUGCAGAACAGGGUAGUUUGAUAGCAGAUAUUAUCAAAAUUGGCUCUCCUUGUACAUCGCUCGCUCCUUCGCUGCAUGGAAGCUCUUCCCUUACGGUGGAUCACAACCUCACCGACAAAUCUGACCCGGCCGACGUCCCCGUAUCUUCGGAUGAAUCUAAAUCCAGCUGUUUUAAACAGCCUAUUUUUAUAACCUCUACUAUGGAAAACAGCAACAAUGCAGUCGACAUGCUUCGUGACGUAAGACAUUCGGAAAGCGUCUUCAAAUUGCCGAUCAGCGAAUUGUCAUUUAACGGCACCUUAAAACAUGUGCAGAAGCUGAAGCCCAUUGUUGACCCUAUAACUGCUUUGACUGCUAAUGCUGGACUGGUGUUAGAUGAUAAAUCGCAAGAAUCAGACAGUUCAAAUUUGUGUGAAAAUAUUGGUAUUGCUUUUGAAGAGAAGAGCUGCCACACACCUGCUCCUAGUGACAUAUCUGAUGAAAGGAGUACUAAAGGUACAGAGGGCACUGGAGAUUCACAGUAUGAAGAUUUCACCAGAAAAGAUAGUCUUUUUCAGAGGCCUGAGGAGAAAAGUGCAAAAUGGAGUAAUGACCAAAGUUACUCUUCUUUAGAAGCUUCAUUUGAUAGUGGUGUGCGCUCCCCGGACAUGUUCUGUUCAGAUGAGGAAGAUGGCGAAGCAAGUGCAGCACCUGAACCAUUUUGGAGCUUUUUGAAAAAUUAUGAACAUCAUGAUAAGAAGAAGGUUAAGAAAAUGGAGGAAAAGCUCCAAGGAAUUCUACCACCGCCAUCAGUCACAACUCUACGAGCAGAUGUCACAGAGAUGCUAAAGAAAUACUACUGUUUCUUGCCAGCAUUUAACAAUGAAGUUAAAGUCGAGCCAAUACCCAUCACCCCAGUUACGCCUACUAAGCGAGUGUCCUUUGUAGAAAUACCAACAAUAUCCCAAGUUACGAGAGAGGAAACGGCAACGUCUUCUAGAAGGGAGGAGAAGCCCGACUUAGAAUUAGACACUAGUGUAAAUGAUAAAAGUAUUGUGCUAGAGAUGGGUACUGAAGAGGAAGCUAGGGAAACUCCAUGGCCUAAAUUAUUGAAAUGCAGGCAUUAUGAUGUGUAUUACAAUGUGACAACCUACUCCGAGAGGGUGGAAAUGCUGGCGUUGCGCUAUGGUGAGAGAUAUGUAGGCGCAGAGACUGAAACCAGUGUCAAUGUCUACUCGGGAGGAAACCAGUCACCUAGCAGUGCACAUAAAAGGAAAGCUCUUCGCCUCAAGAUGGCACAAGCAAAGUCACCCGGUAGACGUUUAUCACAUUUGGCGCGUCGGCGGCAAGCAUUUUGCAGUGCUGCUACAAUCAACGAAAAGGCCCAAGCAGGCACUGCCAAAAUGGUCCUUAUUGAUAAAAAUUAUUUCCCACACAGGAAGCUCAUCAACUCUGCUGAAAGAAAGAGUCCCCGCCUUAGACGUACACCGGGCAAGAAAACCCCCAGCCGCAAGACGCCAGGGAAAAAGACUCCCGCCAAAACCCCAAAGACUAGAAGCGGAGGCUCGAGCCGCAAGAAAAUUAUGAGAAGGCUACUCAUGGACUCAGACAGUAUGACAAGAUCUCAACCAACACGUGAAACACUAAAAAGAGCUUUAUUUGUCAGUCCAGAGAAUAGAAAGUCCAUACCAAGCACAGCUAGCACAUCAGUUCCUCUUCAAGCUAUGAAGUCCAAAAGAGCUCUCUUCUCAUCCCCCGACAGGUCAGCGGAAACAAAAAGCGCUGAUGGGACUCAGAGUGAUCAUUUCCUAAAGCGUAAACUGGAUGCUUUGGAUGAACAACCGGAAAGCAGUAGAAGUAAGAUGGCUAAGAGUCUGUCAUUUGGCGGUGACACCAUAGGGAGCAUGCCUCCUCAUGUCAUGAAUCGGCGAGCUUCUGAAGUUUUCACUAGGAGGAAUUCUGUUGAGUUAAACGAAACUCAUAAGAAGAAACUCCUCUGGGCGGUAUCGGAGGCCCUCCGCGUGCACGGGUGGCGCAUGUCGUCCGCCGGGUUCCGAGAGAAGGCCGAAGCGCUCGCGAGGCUCACUCGCCGCCUGUUGACGUUGCCGCCUCAUGCUGCCAAGUUCGCGUCCCCUAAACUGUCUACUUCGGAGACCAUGCUCAAACUCGCCCGCCAAUACGUGUUCGCGAUCAUCCAAGGGCGCAGCAUCGAGGACUGUUUCCAAGAAGAACAAAUGAAGCUCGCCAACGAUGGCAACAGCAAACUCUCUGGGUACAUCUCUGCCAACGCCUACCAACAGUUCAAGGCAAGACAAGCCGCCCCUAGUACACUAACAUCACAAAUCAAAGAAAACUGCAACGGUUCCUUCAAACAGGACCAACCCCGGAGCGGCUCCAAAAAUGUCCUCCAAGACAAACUUAUAAAUGUAGAUUCUAGCUCAAACAGCAGCAGCGGUUUCAGCAUGCUUGAUAAAUCUGGCCUCUACAAGUCAAAUUCGAUGCCCUCAUUCGAAGAGGCAGCUAAAAUGAGAGCCCGCAGGCAAAUUAGUUUUGACAAUCUCGAUUUUCCUAAAAGGUGAUGUGUUUAUAGUCUUUUAAUUGUUAAGGUACUGACUGAUUUCGAUAAUGUUUGCGUUUGAGAUAUUUUAACGGUUUAAGUAGGCAAUGACACAUAGAAUAUCUGGUUUAUGAAAUGACUUUCUUUGUGGUAGCGUCAUUAGAUGAUUGAGUGUAUUCAAGUUAUUAUUAUUAGUCCUAAUCACCUUGCUGGACACUUUUCGAACUGGAUUGAGUAGUUAAUUUUGCAAAUGUUAUUGUUAAAUGUUAAUAGCCUCUUAUCAAAUUGGUCAUUGAAUGUGAAAGUAUUUGUCGCGUCAAAAAUUCUAUGAAUUUGACUAAUCUAUUCACUAUUUUUAUAUAAUAGACUUACGUACCAGGGUCUUUUUAAAAAACAAUCCCGAAUAUCGAAUUUCACCAGAUCUGUACGUGUUUGGGCUCAUUCUUCUCAGAAUCACGAGCUGAUUCGAUCCCGACGAUAAAACCGGCCAAGAGCGUGUCGGGCCACGCUCAGUGUAG